CCUUUUUGUCUCAGAAGCCAGAAUUUACGAGGGGUACAUGAAUACAGCAGUUGGGAAAAUGCAAGAUGGUGAAAUUUGGACUCCAGUUCAAAGCCACUUUGGAGAAUGUCACCAAUGUGAAACCAUUGGGUGACGACUUCCGGUGGUUUCUGAAGCUGAAGUGUGGAAACUGUGGAGAGAUCCCAGAUAAAUGGCAGUAUGUAACUCUAGUGGAGAGCGUGCCACUCAAAGGAGGAAGAGGCAGUGCCAGUAUGGUUCAGAAAUGUAAACUCUGUUCCAGGGAAAAUUCAAUUGAUAUCCUGGGAGAUACAAUCACACCGUAUAAUGCAGAGGACAGCGAAAGAUUCAAGACAAUGGUGCAGUUUGAAUGUCGAGGUCUAGAACCCAUUGACUUCCAACCUCAAGCUGGCUUCGCAGCACAGGGGGCAGAGUCUGGGACAAAGUUUCCAGAAGUAAACCUGCUAGAAAAAGACUGGACAGACUACGACGAGAAAGUCAACGAGUCGGUGGGAAUAUAUGAAGUCACGCACCAGUUCAUCAAGUGUUGAUGUCAUCAUGCAAGAAGCCUCAGAGGGGGGGUUUGACACUAAUGCCAAAUAUCAUCAGGCAGGAUGCUUCAUAUGCUGAGGUUUGGUUUAUGAUGAACAUUAAAGGGUGUUGGAAGAUACCACAGCUUGUCCAUACACAUUAUGGAUUAAUCAAUAUGUCAUUUUCACUGCCUCAAUAAAAUAGAAAGUUGUA